GUGCCGCAGCGCAGCAGCCGGCGCCAUGCCGACCAAGAAGUCCUUCCGCCGGCGGAGGGAGGACUCCGAGGAGGAGGAGGAGGACGAGCAGGUCGCUGAGGAGGUCAGGUUAAAAGUUGAGGAAGCCAAAGAAGUUCAGAGCCUCAGAAAGCGACCCAAUGGGGUGAGCGCUGUAGCUCUGCUUGUGGGAGAGAAGUUGCAAGAAGAAGCAACGCUUGUGGAUGACCCAUUCCAGAUGAAAUCUGGGGGAAUGGUGGACAUGAAGAAGCUGAAAGAAAGAGGCAAGGACAGGAUUAAUGAAGAGGAAGAUCUAAACUUGGGAACUUCCUUCUCAGCUGAAACCAACAGGCGGGAUGAAGAUGCUGACAUGAUGAAGUACAUUGAGACUGAGCUGAAGAAAAGAAAGGGAAUUGUGGAGAACGAGGAGCAGAAGGUGAAGCUUAAGAAUGCCGAGGACUCUCUGUACGAGCUGCCAGAGAACAUCCGUGUCUCCUCUGCCAAGAAGACGGAGGAGAUGCUGUCCAACCAGAUGCUGAGUGGCAUUCCUGAAGUGGACCUGGGAAUUGAUGCAAAAAUAAAAAACAUCAUCUCAACUGAAGAGGCCAAGGCCAAGCUGCUGGCAGAGCAGCAGAACAAAAAGAAAGACAGCGAGACUUCCUUUGUUCCCACCAACAUGGCUGUUAACUAUGUCCAGCACAACAGAUUUUAUCAUGAGGAGCUAAAUGCACCAGUGCGAAGGAACAAAGAAGAGCCAAAGCCCCGUCCACUGAGAGUGGGGGAUACGGAGAGGCCAGAACCUGAGCGGUCUCCUCCAAAUCGCAAACGUCCACUCAAUGAAAAAGCAACAGAUGAUUAUCACUAUGAGAAAUUCAAGAAGAUGAAAGGACAGGAAAUAAUAUUUCGUUCUCUUUCUUUUGAAGGGUCUCCUCCAAAUCGCAAACGUCCACUCAAUGAAAAAGCAACAGAUGAUUAUCACUAUGAGAAAUUCAAGAAGAUGAAAGGACAGGAA